AUGAGGUCUGCGCUUUGGCUCAUCGGCCUCAGCUCCCGGAUGGCUUCAGACUACUUCACCUGUACUAGUGCCCUGUGCAGCUUGUACCGUUCAGUGAGCGCCGCGCGACGCCGAGGCUUCCGCCAUGGGAGUUCAGUCCUCCCAUGGACACGCUAUAACUCUCGCUACGCUUCCGUCACCGCUCCAGAAUCAUUUGUUAAGUCACAAGUCCCUCCGGCAGAAAGCCUCGGGCAAGAGGAGGGACUUGGGUUAAUAUUUCCGUCAGACGGCUCACCCAAAUUAUUUUUACAAGGACCACCACCUAAUCUCUCAGUCAGAGAGGACGAAUUGACUGAGAGAAGGAAAGAUUUGCAGGCUCAACUCUCCUCCUUAAACCCCAUCCAAGAAAAUACCAAACUGGAUCAAAUUUCUCGCGUACUGGAUGGAUCAGCUGCCAUUGUCAACAUCAAGAAGCCCAAAGCAAAUCCAAAGUCACGUGCCAAGCCCAAACCCCACACUUUCUCCAAAAAGGUCAAACUUGAAGAUCUGUCCCCUCCCUCCAGGACUUUAUCCCAGCUCACAGGCAGUUCCUCACAAAGCAUCACCAUUCUUAAUCCACAACAAAUAUCUCAGCCACCCAAAAAGAAAUUCCGUCCAAUCUGCACUUCGAAUCUCCUUGAACAUCUCCCAGAUUUCAUCCAGCCACAUGUUGAAAAAUUUGAAAAUGUGAAGUCAGAUGGUCACUGCGGGUUCAGGGCUGCUGCUUUCUGCUUUGGAAAAGGCAAAGGAUCAUUCUUGAACAUCCAAAAUCAACUCGACGAUGAAAUCACCGAACGAAAGGAUUUUUACCUCAAGAUAGGAUGCUUUGAAAAUUCUAAACAAUGGGAAAACACUUUAGCUAGAAUCAAAACAAACUCAGCUGCGCCGGUUGGUGAAGAGCAUUGGAUGUCUAUGCCAAUGACUGCAGAGCCUUUGGCCAAUGCUUUCAGCACUCCAGUAUUUUAUUUCUCAAAAACAGGGUCUCAAGGUUUUUUUCCACUCUUCACUCCAGCCAACAACAAUCCCCCAAUUUUCAUCGCUUUCAUUCCUGAAUCAUCUCACUUUGUUGCACUUACACUGAAGGAUCCACUAAAUUCCCCAUUCCCAUAUUAUGUUGGUUAG